AUGGGCGAUUUUGCACUGAAGCUUGACCCAAGCGAACGAAUUACCUACGUUGGGAAGAAGCUUGGAGAAGAACCCUGUCCGACAACACUAAAAAUUACGAAUCCUACUUCGGAUCGGCAGGCGUGCAAAGUGAAAUGCACCUCAAACGAAAUGUUCCGUAUCCGUCCUCCAGUUUUUGCGCUGAAGCCUGGUGAAGAGACUGUCGUCAAGUUAACUUUCAAUGCGGGAAAAACAGUACCCGACAGUGGGAAACACUAUUUUGCAGUGUACUAUAUAAAGGCGACUGACGAGAACAAGGCACCAAGAGCGUGCUGGUCAGAUCACAAGGGAGAUCCAAAUGGGACAAAGAGACUCUAUGUUGAUUUCAAAAAGGAAGAAGGCGAUGAAAAGAAGGAAGAGGCUGAGAAAAAGGAAGAGGAGAAAAAAGAGGGCGAAGAGAAAAAGGAAGCUGAGGAGAAGAAGGAAGAGGAGAGAAAGGAGGAGAAGAAGGAAGAAAAGAGAGAUGAGAAGGAAGAGGAGAAGAAAGAGGACAAGAAAGAAGAUGAAAAGAAGGAGGAAAAAAAGGAGGAUGAAAAGAAGGAAGAGAAGAAAUGA